AUUUCAUUGUAUACUAAAGUACUACUACUACUACUGGCCUCACUAGUCUUUUGGCCAUAGUAGCAAGAUACUUAUUUUAGUAGUACAUUUCAAAUGGCCUUCUCUGCUGGACAAUCUUAUGCAUUUUCAACAAAUUUUGAUCCCUUGCAACAAAAUUUAUGGGGUUCUAAGCCUCAUAUUUCAUCAUUUUCCCUCAAAGAUAUCAACUUUAAACAAUGUUAUAAGCCUAACAUCUUGUCUAAAAAACCUCUAUACAUUUCAGCAGUACUAAGUGGAUUCGGACAUGCUGAUGAAUCAAAAGAGUACAAAUCUAGGGACCCUUUAGUCCAACGCAAUGCAUAUGAAGCUAGUCGACCCCAAUCGAUACCAAUCAACAUUGAGUUUGGCCAAGAAGCUCAGGCUGCUGCUACUCAGAAGCUCAAGAUUGGACUCUAUUUUGCAACAUGGUGGGCUUUGAAUGUUGUUUUCAAUAUUUACAACAAGAAAGUUUUGAAUGCAUUUCCAUUUCCAUGGCUUACUUCUACUCUUUCUCUGGCUGCUGGCUCUCUUAUGAUGUUGGUUUCUUGGGCUACUAAGAUUGCUGAAACUCCAAAGACUGACUUUGAUUUUUGGAAAGCCUUGUUUCCUGUUGCUGUGGCUCACACAAUUGGCCAUGUGGCUGCAACAGUGAGCAUGUCAAAAGUUGCUGUUUCAUUCACUCAUAUUAUUAAGAGUGGAGAGCCUGCUUUUAGUGUUUUGGUUUCAAGAUUGUUAGGUGAAACUUUCCCAUUGCCAGUGUACCUUUCACUUUUGCCAAUUAUUGGUGGUUGUGGACUUGCUGCUAUUACUGAACUCAACUUCAAUCUAAUAGGCUUUGUGGGAGCAAUGAUAUCAAACUUGGCAUUUGUAUUCAGAAACAUAUUUUCAAAGAAAGGCAUGAAGGGGAAAUCAGUUGGAGGGAUGAAUUACUAUGCUUGUUUAUCAAUGAUGUCUCUAUUGAUUCUGACUCCCUUUGCUAUUGCUGUGGAGGGUCCACAAGUAUGGGCACUUGGAUGGCAGAAUGCAGUCACCCAAAUUGGCCCAAAUUUUAUAUGGUGGGUGGUGGCCCAAAGUGUGUUCUAUCACUUGUACAAUCAAGUCUCCUACAUGUCUCUAAAUGAGAUCUCCCCACUGACAUUUAGCAUUGGUAACACUAUGAAGAGAAUUUCUGUCAUAGUCUCAUCCAUCAUCAUCUUUCAAAUUCCAAUUCAACCAAUGAAUGCCCUUGGUGCUGCUAUUGCAAUCUUAGGAACUUUCCUGUACUCACAGGCUAAACAGUAAACACUUGUUAUAGAUGAGAUAUUAUCAUGUUAUCAAUUUGUGACUACUAGCAGUAUUGUUUUUUUCCCCUAGCAAAUGACCGGAGAUGGAUGUAGAAAAUGGGCAGCCUCAGUGAAUGAAUGUGCCUUUUGAGUAAUUGAAAUGUUAACAAAAAAAAUAAAAAUGGCUCUUCCUAGAUGCAAUUCGCAUCCAAGAAUUUGUAAUGACCUUUAUGUUGUGAACUAAUAUGACUACAUAGUAUGCCUUUGUGUGAUAUAUUAUUGUAAAGUUUGAUUUGCUCUA